UCCUGCAGAAGAAGAGAGAGGGAAGGGGAGCUUUGCAUCCCCUGUUCCCUCUGCUGCGUGUUGGGUUUCGUUUUUUCUACCCCUCUUGACUGCUUUGAUGCAUUAAUAGCAGGACACUGGUUUUCAAGGAACUUUGCUCCCUUCCCACCCUGCCUCCUCCCAGCCCUUUGGGAAGAGUGUGUGUGUGCGCGUGAGUGUGUGAAACCGCCGUCCCACCUCCCCAAACCCCCCUGCUCCCCUCCGCCUCCCCCUGCAACCUGUAGGCUGUGCAACCCCUGCAGGCUUUGCUCCCUUUCCCCCCCUCCUUCCUUCCCCUCUUCUUUUUGCGCUCCCGCAGAUUGCUGUGCGAAUUCCCCCUUCCGAGGCGAGAAAAAGCAGAAAGAAGGAGAAAACGGACAAAAAGACAAAAAGCAAACCUAGAGGUCCCCCCCCCUCCCAACGCCAAAAGCAAAGCAGGAGGGUCUAGCACCCCGAGAAUAAACCCCAGAGCGGGGCGCCUGCACGCAGGGGCUGCACUUUCCGCCCUUCUUGAAUUUUUAUUUUUGUUUCUCUUUUUUGCCCCAGAAGGGGCAAGCGGGAAGCCAGCGCCGCCCGCCCCCCCCCCCCCCCCGCCCGCGGCACCCCCCGCACCCCGUCCCGCAGCAUCCCCGCCGCGAUGCUGCUGCGGCUCCUGGUGCUGCUGGGCGCCUGCCCGGGGCUCUCGCGGUGCCUGGGCUCCUUCGUGCAGUGCGAGCCCUGCGACAGCAAGGCGCUGUCGCUGUGCCCGCCGCCGCCGCUGGGCUGCGAGCUGGUGAAGGAGCCCGGCUGCGGCUGCUGUCUCACCUGCGCCCUGCCCGCCGGCCAGCCCUGCGGCGUCUACACCGAGCGCUGCGCCCGCGGGCUCCGCUGCCUCCCGCGGCAGGGCGAAGAGAAGCCGCUGCACGCCCUGCUCCACGGCACCGCCGUCUGCCUCAGCGAGAAGAGCUACCGCGAGCAAGCCAAGGCCGAACGGGAGUCCCGAGAGCAUGAGGAGCCGACCACGUCAGAGAUGACGGAGGAGACUUACCCACCCAAGGCCUACCGGCCCAAGCAUGGGCGCCUCUCCGAGCUCAAGGCUGAGGCCCUAAAGAAGGACCGCCGUAAGAAGCUGACCCUGGCUAAGUUUGUAGGCAUGGCAGAGAACACGGCGCAUCCUCGCGUCGUCAUCCCUGAGCUCCGGCAGGAGUUUGAGCUGGGUCCUUGCCGCAGGCACAUGGAGGCAUCCCUGCAGGAGCUGAAGAGCAGCCAGCGGAUGGUCCCCCGUGCCGUCCACCUCCCUAACUGUGACCGAAAGGGCUUCUAUAAGAGGAAGCAGUGCAAGCCCUCCCGUGGCCGGAAGCGUGGGUUGUGUUGGUGUGUGGACAAAUACGGCAUGAAGCUGCCAGGGACUGACUACCUGAGCGGAGACCUGCAGUGCCACGCGUUCGACAGCAGCAACGUGGAGUGAAGUCGCAUCCCCUCCCUCCACCCCAUCACUACCUACCCAGGCUCCCUUCCACCCUCCCCUCCGCACCUCCCCGCGCCCCGGGACUCCGAUUCCUUUCAUCUCAUGUAAGAAGAAAAAAAGACAGGAAAAGAAAAAAGAGAAAGGAAGGAAAAGGAAAAAAAAAAAAAAGAGGAAGAGAAGGAAAGAAGUAAACAAAGGAAAAGCAAAAAGAAAAGAAAAAAGGAAGAAAGAAAAGAAAGGAAAAAAGAGAAAAGAAAGGAAGAGAAAAGGCAAAGAAAGGAGAAAAGAGAAAAAAGAAAAGAAAAAAUAAGAGAAGAGAAAAGAAAGGAAGAGAAAACUAGAAAAGAAAAGAGAAAAGGAGAAAAACAAACCCUGACAAAACUGAGGACUCGGAAUCUGCAGCAGCCUCUUGACGACAAGGACUCAGCAAGGAAAGGACAGAGCCAGAGACAAACCAGUUGCGGCCACUCCACUCCAUCCUGCACUGACCCGUGCCUCUCCCAGUGCUGCUUGCACCUCCCUGCUGCUUGAGCAGAGGCUUCCACUUGUACGAAGCUCUCUGAGUUGGUGAUUUUCCAGUAUGGCUUUCAAGCAGGUUGAUUUUAUGGGGGGGGGGGGGGGGGAGGAGGAGGAGAUAUUUUUUGUCUAAAGGGUCUCAAGAGAAAACCUGGUGGCCGCCAGCAUCCUCUCUCCUUGCUGCAGUCCUCCAGAGUCUCCUCCCCACAUCACUGGGAUUCACUUGACUCUGUUUGGUUUCCAUCUCAAAUGACUGCCCCAGAUCAAGGCAGAUUUCAAUGCAUCGGGAGGAGGCAUGGGACUGCUGGGGUUUUGUCUGGAGAUGAGUCGGGGAGGGAAACACAGCUCCUGCAAUGGCACGAAUACCCCUGCAAGAAUAUUGGUGAGCUUUGAAAUCAUCCGAAAAGGAAAGAUACCCUUCUCCAUCCAGUUCCUCUCGGAUGGGAGGUCAGAAAUCUUUUUGGAUAAGCAGUACUCUGACUAUUGUCCAUCCAGGUGUGGAAGCACUUGUUUCCUGCGUGCAUGUGUGCAAGCAUGUGUGCGCACAGACAUGGCUUUUCCUCCUUGCAAAACUUUGCCUUGAAACCUGCAAGUUGGAGGGCUUCACUCUUAAGCAGGCGGAAAGAUGCUGCCCCUCCCAAAGAAUAAUAACCUGCUGGACUAAGCAUGGGAGCAGAGUUACAGAGGAGCAUCAGUGCCUGUGGGAUCAGGGUCACACCAAUGCCAAGGGCUGCAUCCAAGCUGACCCCGCAGAUACUCCAUCACUGUCCAGGCUGAAGCAUCUGUACAUGAGGACAGGGGAAUUGGGGCCAAAACUCUUCACUACCCUUCGCUGGCAUGAGGAAGACCAAGUAUGGAGAUUUCUUUUUUAUUUUUUUUUUUCCACAGCCAAAAAAGUGGUUUGCUCCAGGGAAGGGGAAAACCAAACCUACAUUUUCUUUUGCAUUGGAUUUUUGUUAAGGCUGGUUUAUAGCCUUCCCCAUGGGUAGGAAAAUGCUGGUCUCCAUCCUUUCACUCAUGUUGCCACAGCUGACUCCCACCACCCUGCAGUAAGAUACUGCAACAGGCCCUUGCCUUAAACAUGGGGACCCCAGUCCUUGUUGAGUGACAGCAGCCACCGCACUAUGGAGACCCACUGCCUCAGGCAUGCUGGCGCAGGCCUCAGCUGCCUUCCUGACUUUGUUUUUCAUUUUUACGUUCAAUUUCAGGACUCUUGCCUUUUGCUUCCCCAUGACAAAGGUCUCUGCGAUGUUGCUGCUGGGAAGCUGUUGCAGCAAAGGAAGGAAAGGAAAGCAAACCAUGGCGUCUGGCUGCUGCAGUCCCAGUGGGCAAAUACACACCCACUGUGGACCACAUCCCAAUGCCAUGGCUGGAGCUGGCAGCUGGCACUGGCUAAAGGACACAGCUGAUCUCAGGGGGAAGGUUUCUGCACCCCAAAGCCCCUUUGAGCAUCCCAGGCUUGGGCAUAGAGGACAAGGAGUCCACAGCACCACUGCGUCCCUGCCAGCAGGGAUGGGACAAGGGGGAUUUAGUGACAAGGGGGUCUGGUGGAGGCUCCUCUCCGUCACCAGUGAGGUGCCCUCAUAACCUCCCAUGGCAUGGCAUCAUUCUCUGGAGCACCUUGCAGGCACCCCACCAAGACACUUGCCCCAGUCAAGGGAAGGACUGGAUGUCCCACAGUUACUUCAUUUGGAGUUGCAGCGGGGGCAAGUUUGCCAGUGGACUUCAGUGGAGACCCAGUGAGGCAUGUUUGGAGCUGGGGGUGAGGCAUCUUCCCUUGCUGAAAAGAAGGGAGGGUUCCACCCAAUGAAGAUCUGCUGCCCUCAAAAGAAACUGCCAGAGCAGGAUGAUCCUGUGUUGCUGGAGGGGGAGAAUGGCAGGUGCUGGGGCCAAGGGAGGAACCCCUCUGGGCUCUGCAGGGCUGAUGAAGCAGGGUUGGUUUGACCAGGGUGGUGGGUUAAUGGUGCAGUGAAGAUGGGGUGAAGAAUUUAGUGAUGACAGCAGAUGAUGAGGAGCUCAUGCUAACCCCAAGGGCCACAGGUUGCCAUCGUCGAUGCUGUUCCCAUCUCUUCUCACUGAUUCCUCUGCAAAACCUCCUGUUAUAGGCCAGUACCACCUUCCCCAGGACCCUUCCCUCCUUCUCUCUCUCUCUUGCUUUUUUGUUUGUUUGUUUCAUUGUUUAAUUUCCCAAAACUUGAAAGCCUUUGGCUGCAGAGAAAGGAGAUGUGCUGCCGGGGCGGGAUGGGAGCUUCUGGAAGGUGGGGCUCAGCUCACGUGGCCUGGUGUGGUCUCAGGAUGUGGCCACCACAGCGACACUGGGAGGGGCAUUCAGGGUGCCUCCCUGACCCCUCCCUACAAAGCAAGUCUCAGCCAUGGCCUGGCAGAUCAAAAUCCAUCCCAGCCUCCCUCCCCGCUGCACAUCCAUUGCUGGGACAGCACUGCCUGUCCUGUCCCCACCAACCUGGGGGAGGAGGAUGCAGGAGGGGGCUGCCCAAACCACCUUUGGCCCCCCAAAUGACCUUGGCUCCUGGGACAGGGCACCAGGUGAGCCCCCAGCUGCCCAGUCUGUAGGUGAACCCUGGCCGGAUGAGGCUGUUUGCAGGCUGCACUAAUAUUUAGGACCAGGGUUGGAGCCUGGGUCAGGGUGGAGGCAAGAACAACUUCAGGAGGGAUGGCAGUGACAACGUGCUGCCGUUCUCAGCACCCAGCAGCCCCCCCUUUGCAUUUAGGGUGAGAAAAGCAAAAGGGGGAGAUUUGGGAGCUGGGGAGGAUGGGUAGGAGGGGGUGAGGCACGUGAGGAGAUGCUGGCGAUUGGUGCAUAAGGGAGAGGUGUGAGGCUCAGGGGGCUCCAGCCACAGUCUUUUCACUGAGCCUGCACUGGUACUCGGUAUGCGAGCUGAGGAAAGAACAAGGAUGGCACAGGGGUCAGGAAAGCCCUUCUCCCACAUCUCCCUGGGGAGCGGCGCUCAGCAGCUGGGCUACCCCUUGUCUGUACUGCAGUGGACCUCAAAAACCACUAGUACAAGAGCAUUUUGCACUAUUUCUCUGCUCUCCCCCCUUCUCUUUUUCUCCACCUUCCCCAUGAAAACUCUUUUGCUGUUGGGUGUUUUUUGGUGGUGGUUUGUUUUUUGUUUUUUUUUUGGUUGUUACUGAUUUUAGUUUUUUUUCCCAAAUGGAGCAUUGUAUAUUUAAUGAUCGACAGUUCACUUUGCUUCCAGACCGCUGUCCUGGCCAUGGCUAGGAUCCCUGCCUACUGUGCCCCCCUCUCCAGCCCCGCCAGCCCCACACCACUGCCAAUGGGGACAGGCAUCACCACGCACGUUACCCACCGUUGUAACACAGUUGUUAAAACACACCAGAUUCCGAGUUUCCUGCCUGGUUUUUAUCUUUAGCAAUACUCACUACACAUUUUACGGUAGCUUUUUAUAGCUUUACAUACAUACGGUAGCUCUGUUGUUUUGUUUCGUUUUGUUUUUGUUGUUUUGGGUGGUUUUUUUUUUCCAGUAAACAAGAAAUACUCAUAAUCUUACUGGUGGGGAAAAAAAAAAAAAAAGCAGUUUGUGAAAAACUGACAAUGGAAGAAGAGCUUAAUGCUCUGUUUAGCAUUUUGUACUUUAAAAAAUCUCACAUUUUAUUAAAAAGUGAAGAUUGCUGUAUACUAUUUAUUCAACUUAUAAUUUAUGUUACUCUUUGAUCUUUGUCUUUUCUCAUGACAAAGCAUUUAUUUAAUAAAGUUAUGCAUUCAGUUA